GACACGCCACUUGCACCAUGUUUGCUGAUGGGUGCUGCCUUGGCAGCAACAAUUGUUUGGAGCAGUGCAGUGGCUUCACCCGACUUCUGGAAGGCGGAUCCUUGCGAUGCAACCGCAGCUCUGGAGGAUCUGGGAUGGCUGCAGCAGUACAUCAAGAUCGGUUUCUUCACAGACUACCGAAACCAAGCCUGGCAUUAUUAUUCCACCAACGAGACAACUUACGCGUUUCUAUGGCUGAACUCGAUCUCCUACGCCAACUUAGAUUUUCUGCGUGAGGCCUGCCCAGAAGCUGCACAGCUAGCACUUCUACUGCGAGCUGAGGAGCGAUUGCCAGCGCGAGAGGCGGAGCUACCUUUCUUGGACUUCAGCGAGGCAAGCCUGACUGGCAGCUUCAGUGCGUCAAGUGGCUUUUGGCCGCUGCAAAGGGGCCUUCAACGGCUGCGGGCUUUGGCGAAACAGAUGGCUGUGCCAGAGGAAUAUAGCGUGGACAUCGUGAUGCCGUACUGCAAUGAACCAUUAGAUGGUUUGCAGUCGAAGAAGACGGGCUACGAAGAAGAUUGGUUGCUUUCACCUGUCCCUUUGAGGCAUGUGAAGCUGAUUCUCUAUCGUUUGAUUUUGUGCUUUGACACACGAGAAGUCUUAUACAAUGACAACGCCUUGGACACUUUGCCAGAAGCUGCCAAAGAUGCAGCACGACUCUUUGGUCAGUUGGAGGUGGUGCCGGUGGAUGCCAGCCCCAAAGCCUGGGAGGCAGCCCGGUAUUUCCUGCACAUGGCGCGAAAUUACCAGCGACUGGCAGAUUUCACCAUUGUCUUACAUCCUGACGUCUUCGAACACGUAAACCCCCGCACCUUGCGGAAUGUUUUGCUGGCCUUGCGUGUUGGGACCUUUCGUAUGGCGGGUAACGAUGGCGACUGGUACAAGUAUUUAUCCAUGUCACACCACUAUUUGUUGCGGCCCUCUCGAGCACGCUUCGCCUCAACAAAUUGCACAGAGGUGGAUCUGGGAUUCCAGGACCUUUGGCGACAGCUGUUUGAGGAGGAUGCGCCAUUGCUGGAGGAGAAGACCGACUUUGGCUUCUACUGCUGUUCCCAGUUUUUGGUGCAUCGUGAGCUAGUUCACCGAAGACCACAGGAGUGGUACCAGAGGAAGGUGAAUGAAAUUGCUUGGGAACACUGUGCUACCAGCUACAUGGAGCUGCUAUGGCAUGGAAUCUUCCGUGAUGGCAAACUGCACGAAGAAAAGCGCCAGGAGCGCAAAGAGCUUCCAUUCUUUUUGCGCGUUGACAACUUUUUGGAAGCAACAUCUGAUGGGUUGGUUUGACAUUCUGCGUGAAAGAAGCUUUGGAUGGGAGUUUUGGCC